CGGGCGGCCGCAAGAGCUCUGGGCAGCCGAGGCUGGUGACGCGGACGCCUGGGGGUUACAGCGUGCCUUUGAUCGCCUAUUUUUAAAGUCAGGGUUGAAAGAACAAACAAAACCUGGGGAAGCGUCAGGAAGACACUGCCGGAAAUCGUGGUAUCCAUAGAGACGCUGUCGGAAGUUGAGGUUGCUAGGAGGCCUGGGCGCGCCCGCUAAGCGGCAAAUGGCUGAAGUCCCCGAAGAUUAUGAUUCCGGUCCAGAAGAAGACGAAUGGCCGGAGCCUAAGAGACUUGAACUGCCUGAACUUCGUAAAUUGUAUGAAAAUGUAGACCCGAGCACCUUGGCAGAGGCAGGCCCGGAACUACCCGCAGAGACCGACCAAGAGCCACAGCCAGACACCAAGGAAGAGGACUUAAAAGAGGGAGAGCCAGAGAGUGCUAAGAAUGAGCAGCUAAAACCCAGUAAGACAUCCGAGGGAGAAAGUCCCAGGGAGUCCGAGGUAGACCUAUCCAGCGAAACUGAACCAGGGAUGCCUCAAAAGGCAAAGUGGGAGAUAUCCGGAGAGACAGAGCUUUUCAAAAAUUUGCAGGUCCCUGUGGAUGAAAAGGGUGAGGAGUCAGACCUAGAGCCACCAGGGGAGGCUAAACCAAACGUUACAGAGGACGCACUUCAAGAGUCAGCUACGGAAACAGAUACAGCGCGACCAAUGGAAACAACCAGUGAAAGAAAGUCCACAAUCAGUGAGACAAGUUCAGGGUUACUACUAAAGGAGACAGAACGGGAGGUUCCAGAGGAAUCUCUCAGAGAGCAAUAUGAAGAGACAGGUCUAGAGCCUCCAGAGCAGACCAAACCAGAUUUUCCAAGUGAGAAACCAAGAAAAUCAGUUGAAGAGGCAGAUCUACAGCCACCAAAGAUGACCAAACCAGAGGAGAUACCAGAGGAGACACAAAGAGAGUCAACUGAGGAGAAAAGGACAGGGCUACCUGAGCAGGCUAAACCAGAGUUCCAAGAGCAGGAACCAAGACAAUCUACUGAGGAGGCAGGUCUAGAGCCUCCAGAAGAGACUAAACCAGAGAUUCCAGAGGUGAAAAGACAGUCAAGUGAAGAGAAAGGGACAGAGCCACCUGAGCAGACUAAACUAGAGUUCCAAGAGCAGGAACCAAGACAAUCUACUGAGGAGGCCGGUCUAGAGCCUCCAGAAGAGACUAAACCAGAGAUUCUAGAGGUGAAAAGACAGUCAAGUGAAGAGAAAGGGACAGAGCCACCUGAGCAGACUAAACCAGAGUUCCAAGAGCAGGAACCAAGACAGUCUACUGAAGAGGCAGGUCUAGAGCCUCCAGAAGAGACUAAACCAGAGAUUCCAGAGAUGAAAAGGCAGUCCAGUGAAGAGAAAGGGACAGAGCCACCUGAGCAGACUAAACUAGAGUUCCAAGAGCAGGAACUAAGACAGUCUACUGAGGAGGCAGGUCUAGAGCCUCCAGAAGAGACUGAACUAGAGAUUCCAGAGAUGAAAAGACAGUCAAGUGAGGAGAAAGGGACAGAGUCGCCUGAGCAGACUAAACUAGAGUUUCCAGACCACAAACCAAGAAAGUCCACUGAUGGGGAAGUUCUAGAGCCACUAGAAGAGAUCACAUCAGAGUUUUCUGAGGAAGAAUCAAGAAAACCAAUUGAGGAAACAAGUCUAAAGCAAUCAGAAAAGACCAAACCAGAUGUUCCAGAGGAGAGAAGAAGAAAGUCAAGUGAAGAAAAAAUUGCAGAGCCUCCAGAGACUGGUCUAAUGCUUCCACAAGAGAUCAAACCAGAGGUUCAAGAGGAGACACGAUCAAAGCCAACUGAGGAGAAAAAUCUGCAGUUACCAGAGGAAGCCAAACGAAGAGAGACACAUGUAGAAUUUCCCAAGGAAGACAGGCCAGAACCAAUCAAACCUAAGUAUUCUGUAGACAAGGAUGAGCUACAGCACCCCAAGCAUCAAACAGGAAAGUUGCCACUAAGAGAAACUGAAGAAGUCAAAAAAGACUAUUAUGCAUUAAGAUCUCUCAGAGAUGAUGAAAUAGAAUCAGUUAGUACAGAUUAUGAGUUUUCUCAAGAGCUCCAAAAACUGCUUAAUGAAAUCAGUAAAGAAUACUCAAACUCACAGCUCUCAGAGUCCCAGAUGGAAUUAAGAGAGGUUUUUAGUGAAAAAAAAGUUUCAAAUUUGUCCCAAGAGUCAAAAGAACUGAUACCUGAAGAUAAAGAAACCCAGCCAAAAAAAAUGACUGAGUUUAAAUUUGAGUAUCUUGAUUGGGACCCAGAGAAAGUUGCAGAGUGGAUUAGCCAGCUAGGCUUCCCUCAGUACAAGGAGUGUUUCACUGCAAACUUCAUCAGUGGCCGAAAACUCAUCUACGUAAACUGCUCAAACCUCCCUCAGAUAGGGAUAACAGAUUUUGAGGACAUGAAGGUAAUUUCUUGGCAUACUCGGGAGCUACUGGGAAUUGAAGAGCCAUUAUUCAAACGCAGCAUCACACUUCCCUAUAGGGAUACUACUGGCUUAUUCUUAGAGCAAAAAGGUCAUACUGGCAUAAAAUCUGAUUCCUUGACCUUCCCUGAAUUUGUCAAGGCAGCAGGAUUACAGGAUUAUGCUCCACAGAUGCAGGAUUAUUCCCCUGAAGAGAAUGAGGCAUUACCUUGCACUGAACCCUAGGGGAAAGCCAUUUCACUUAGCUUGAACAAUCAAACUAAGUUACUUGAGGGAA